AUGAAAUCCACUCUCCUCACCGUCCUGGCAUCCUCUGUCCUGGCCGUCUCUGCGUCCGAGACUUCUACUGGGGCCUCUGCAACCUCGACCUCGUCGUCGUCGUCGGACUCGACUUGUGCAAAGGAAAUCGUACAAGCAUGUCUCGAACGCAUGGAGCCUCAACUGAAGAAAUGCACCCCGAACCGAUGGGACUGUCUCUGUGAACAGACGAAUAAUGUCUUGACAUGCUACAACAACUGCCCCAGCGAUCCUGACCGCGGCACAACAGCCCAACAACUCGAUUCAUACUGCCGCGCCGCAAAAGCCGCCUCCAUGACCGUGUCGACCUCAACAUCCGCAAAGCCCACGAAGACGGAGGGGGCGUCUAAGACGAAUGCGACGGCCAGCGCUGCCGACGCGUCCGCCACGAGUACGGGCGAUAGUAAAUCGGAGGGUGUCGCUGCCGCUGGGGUGGGACUUGGUGGUGGUGCAGUGUUGGCGGCGGUGGUGGGUGUUCUGGGAGUUUUUUAA